UCGACAGACACUUCAGUUCCUCGAACUUUGAUGCUUCUGCACUGCCUCAUGAACCCGUCUCCCUUUAGUCGAUGGGUUAUAAACUAUAAUGUAAUGUAAUCCAGUUAUGUGAUUUUUAUUGAUAUACACAAAAUAAUAGAGAAAGGUCAGGGGUUACGCUGUAAGCACACUCCAGCGGCUGUCUGGCACUCGUCUACGGUAAUAAAUAGUCUUUCAGCCCGCUACCCUGUGUCCGUGGACGUGGUACGCUAUUUCCCUUUUUUCACACCUUCAAUUCACCCUCGCAACGAGUUGGGGAAAAAAAGAUGCACUUUUGCCCCGUGGGACUGACAAAUCUAAAGCUAAAAGCUUUCAAAUAUUGUUCAGCUGGAGGACAUUCUACGAGGGGAUUGACUCUAGUAAACCUUCUCGCAUGCAUACACCGAGUUGUUCUGUACCGGUGUUAUUUCUAGGGUUUAGCACAGCCGGUCGUGUGGGCGGGAAUCGCACAGUGACACGGCUGACUUUGAUACCCUAUAACGUGACGUCAUAUCGUCUUCUGGAGGACAUUAUGAAUAUAUGAAGUUGCGCAGUAUGCAUUCCAAUCUUCUGUACGUGUACAUGUAUAAUGUACAUACAGGCCUAGCAGACUUGCAAUUGAGAGAGGAUAAGAAAAUAAGGGAUACGUACACCAGGCUAGCUGAUACGAAUGUCUAGUCUGACAUGGGCGAGCUACCGAGCGACCUCGAUGGUUAAUACCGUCCGUGCGUUUUACAAGUCCCAGGCUUCUGGAGAAAAUCCCUGCUACCGUGACCUUGCUAUUUCUUCCGGUCGACAUUUCUCGCUCUGUCUGCAUCCGUAUCCAACUUCGUACACAUUCUCGGAGUGAGCAGAUUUAUCUUCUUACUGUGCUCGUGGAGGCAAACGCAAUCCGUGCAUGGCGACACUUUUUUCGGUCUUUUUGAAGACAUUAAAGUGCUGCUUUGAAUCUGUUUUAUAGAAAUUGGAUUUCAUUUAAACAUCUUCGUUGCUCAAGUGUGAUACAAGAAAGAAAACAACUGAAUAAAUUCUGUUGCCUUAGACGGAUUGUCGGGUGAUCGUGUGUGUGUGUGUCAGUUUUGGGGGAUAUUAAUGGGUGGUAGAAUUAAAGUGAAGAUGGUUUGGACACGAUCAAACUUGUCACUCAUUCUGGUGAUGGUGUGUGCAAUCUGCAAGCUCAGUGCGAUCCCUUCCCAGGCGUGCAUGAUGAGGAACGAAGCAUGGACGCCCAAAUCGCUGGAGAAUCGUACCGUGCUUGCUCCGUUGGUGAUCGCCGGGACUGUGCUGCGACUGCGGGACCGGGCCCUGACGCCGCCCGGAGGCAGCGGCGUGUACUCCGCCGAGGUCGAGGUGGAUGAGGUAUACAAGGGUUACCCGUUCUUCAACAAAGUCUCGGCUCUGACAGACUCCGAGUCAGACGGCAAGGUGUAUCUGAUCGGGGGGUUUGGGUCUAGGGAGAGAUGUCUGGCACAGGUGGAACCUGGAGGCAAGUACAUCAUGUUCCUGACUGCUGUUCCCGUGAGGAACGGGCGAGAGGAGGACGGCAUGAGGCUUCUGGCAAGAUACGAUGACAUCUUUGGAGCAGUGGUGGAAUUUGACGCAGAACAAGAGGCAAGGGUGCACAAGGUUGUAGGAUGGAGAGAAUGGGCGCCUUGGUCAUCUUGCACACUCACCUGCGGGGAUGGCCUUCAACUUAGGCGCCGUAUGUGCGUACAGGACGUACCGGACGCCUGUGAAGGCGCCGCGGAGCAGAGCCGGCACUGCAACAGCUUCAAAUGCCGAGAUGUCAAAGAUUUCCUACAGCUCAUGUCUCUGUCAUCCUUCCCGCCUGGCGUGCGCAGAUCUCCCCGCAGGAGGGCGUACCGCAUAUCCUCCGACGCCAUCUUGAAGCUUCCCAUCUCGGCAGUCUACCCAGAGGGCUUCCCCGAGGAGUUCUCCGUCCUCCUGAUGGUCAAACCCCCUCGGUACUUCUCUAGCCGGCAGAAUGGGUACCUGUAUGCCAUGCUGGUGACUGGACCGGACGGUGGGGUGCAGCUAGGGGUGCAGCUCAGCACCUCCCCGGCGCUGGUCUACAGCCGGCGAGACCGAGUGACGGGGAAAGUCCGUCCAGACGCCGUCACCUUCACCGAUUACACAGUGCUGAAGAGGAAAUGGAACGCGCUGGCGUUCAGCGUGAGGAAGGGGUCGGUGACGAUGUACGCGGAGUGCACCAAGGAAUUCCGAGUGGACUUGGAGGAAGGAGAGGGGAUACGAGUCGGGUCUGGGUCGGGAGAUAUCUCGAUCGGGAACCCAAAGCCCAAUAUGAUUGACAUGUACUUCGAGGGCGAUCUUGAGCAGCUCAUGUUGAUUGCUGAUCCGGACGCGGCAUCUCUUCAAUGUUCGUCCCCAGUGGGAACGUUCUUGUCAGACCAAGCUUGGCCCUCCAUGAACAUCACUGACGAUCUCCAGGGAGACAUGGACAGUAUGCUGAUGGUCCCGAUACCUGGCGUCAAACAGAAGCCAGACCAUCCAAUCACAAUCGAGGAGCCAGUGACCACGCCCACCGUUCACGCGGUUACAGUUGAGUCCACCAAUCUGCUUGGCAAUGACGUCGACCUGGCCCCUGAACAUGAUUUAAUUCCACCGACCACUGAGUUGUCCGAAGAUCAGGUGACCACGCCGGUACCAUUGUACAACGAGAACAAUUUCGAUUUUGUCGUCGACAUCUUCGAUAACUUGCUGCCGAAUUACGAGGGCAUUCCGUCGAGCCCCAUUCAGGAACAGCCUCCAGAUAUCAAAUUUGAUAGCGGGAAUGACGUCCUGUACAUGCCCGAGGUGGAUUUCGACGCUCUCCCGACUGCACCGAUUGAAAUUUACACUGGACAUGAAACCUGGAAAUCUGCUGAAAAUGUGUCUCUCGGGUCCCCAGUUACUGAGGAAGAGGUUUUAAAACCCACCACACCAACAACUUUGAAAUCAGAAGAAUCCCCAACUUACACAUCGACACCUGAAACGACUGUAUUUACUUCACGACCAACUACUGAAAUGACGAUAGAACCCACGAUAGUACCCACGACCACACCUUCUGCACUACCCACCACAAUACCCACGACAGUACCACCAACAGUGUCUACGACAGUACCCGCGACAGUACCCGCGACAGUACCCACAACAUCACGAGCGACAAAAGCUCUCAGCUCCACAAUUAAGUUCAGGUUGGAGAGUGCGCACCGACCAGAAAGCUUGGAAAUUGGGCACCGGCGACCCAAUUCCGAAUCGGGAAGCGCUGAUGAGGUCAAAGAAGUUUUAGAAAACUGGUCCACGUGGAGCACGUGCAGCAGAACGUGCGGGACUGGUACCCGCUACCGCUUUUCUCGCUGUCGUCCGGGCUCCAGACUAUUGGACUGUAAAACUGGACGGGGCAUCGCGGCGCAGACUCAAAUAUGUCAUCUCAAUGACUGCAAAGUGCCGUGGCUGAAGUGGUCCGCUUGGAGCAUGUGCAGCCGAACCUGUGGGGACGGGGUUGAGAUGCGAAUGGCCUAUUGCUAUGACAACAAGGUGCCCGGAUGCGAGAACGGCCAGAAGAUCGUGGUGGAGAGACGAAAGUGCCGCAGACGGCAUUGCUUCGAUGUCUGCACUCCAAGCUGCCAAAAUGGAGGCGUCUGCGGUUUUGAUAGGAAAUGCAACUGUCCGACUGGUUACCUCGGGGCUACGUGUGAAAUUGAAUUGUGCCGUCAUCCUUGUCAGAACGGAGGGCAAUGCGUGGCCAAGGACUACUGCCAGUGCCCGGCCGGCUACGCGCCGCCUAGGUGCUCACCCGUCUGCAACCCAAGAUGCCGGAAUGGCGGAACCUGCAGAGCACCCAAUGAGUGCGCAUGCCCUUCUGCCUACACAGGCUUAACAUGUGAAAGAGCUGCCUGCAGUCAACCCUGUCAAAAUGGCGGCACCUGCAGUGGCCCCAACACGUGUUCCUGUAGGUUAGGAUACCAUGGAACUUACUGCGAGCAGGCUACCUGCUCCCCAUCUUGCGCAAAUGGGGGGACGUGUGUCCGGCCAGGAUUCUGUCGAUGUCCACCCGCCUACAGAGGGCCUACUUGUGAAAUAGGCUACUGUCGCGUAACUUGCCGUAAUGGAGGGCGCUGUAUUGGCCCAGACACCUGUAUGUGUGCGCCGGGAUUCCGAGGAGCGUUCUGUCAGAGACGGUCCAGUAGUUUGCGUUACGUACCCAGAGGGAACCAGCCAAGCCCCAUAUUACCCUCAAAUUUUGCCAGGACCCAUCCAGGUCAGAGGAGGAGACGCCAUUGUACAAUACAGACGUCUUUAGUCAGUUACCAGCGAAGUUACAUCAAGCCUGUUGCCAUGACAACGAAGGUGCAAUGUGGCCACUGGCAGCCUGUGCUUUGCACGCAGACAAGAAUGGGCUAUAAGGCAGCCUUCAGAACGUUCUACAGAAUAGCAUAUCGGAGGGAGUGCUUAUCUGAUGAACAGUGAUCAUAGAGGUGACAAGUCUUGAAAGGCUAGGUCGGCGGACAGUAAAUCGAGGAAAAACAAAAUGGUGACAUUUUAAACCGACACCACGCCGAAAUUCUAUUCUAUUUUUAAGUGAGACUGCUGAGUAUUAGUAAGUACUUCGCCACCUUCUAGAUAAUCGACAAUUCGGUAAUACUGGAUUUGGAUAAGGCUCAGUUAGCCUCACUUGACCAGAAAUGAGAAUCCAUAUUUGGUUCCCCCGUCAAGACUUUAUCAUGAGCCCGUCUUAUUUUUUAUGAUUGUUAAUGCUUACUGCGUUUGGAGCUAAAACUGCGAAAUGCACGAGACUAAAUUAUCAAAUUAGUUUAUCUUCAGAAUUACGUCGCUUGUACCUGAAGAAGUUUAGUGGGUUUUUUAUUGAAGUAAUGGUGACUUGGAGCAUAUUUUAUCUGCGUGUAAAAGUCACUAAGCAAUAAUGUGCUUUUUUAAUGUGUUUGUGCUGUUCCGAUUUUUUUUAAUUUCGUUUUCAAUUUUUUUCCAGAGUUGUUGGGGUGUAACUGAUUUUUUCUUAACUGAGUGUUUGCUUUAGAUUUUGCCUUGAUGCCUUCCUUAUCAUGUAGUUUGCGCAAGCGCACGCAUGCGCAGUUACAUUCUUGCAUUUGGGUCCGAGGGAAUACAAGAAAAUCCCCGUGGUGCCGUUUCAGCCGAGUGUAUACCCUUGCUGUGUAGACUUGUAAAUAAUAAUAUUACUGAACUUUUUUCUCUUUCUUGCUACUUUUCAUAAAUUAUCUUCACUUUUUAAUGCGUUUUUGUAAAACCGCCCAGAUUUGUUUGUAUCGGAUGUAGCAUAAUUUCUAGGGCAGAUUUUGUCAAUAAUCGUUGCAGUUUAAUCAUGAAAAAGAACGUUACAAGCAAAAAUGUAUGGAUACCCAGCAGUUGUUUCUAACUCAACGAGUUUAGACAUCUUCGUUUGUUCACCUUUAAGGAUAAGAAAGUAUAAUAAAAACUCUCUGAAGACAAAUCUCCAUUAAUCUCGUAUGUUCUAAAGGUUAACCAUACCUUUACUUAAGUGCGUAAACUCAACACAUAUUAUGAACUUUUCUAUCAACAUUAGCUCGACCAAGAAAAUCGGCUGAAAUCUUAUGAAACAAAUUUAACAAUAUCACUUCCGAUGUCGGUCAUUAAAAAAAAAAUAAUAUACCAGCCUCGUUUCACACAAAAAAACACGAUUGCACUUUAAUAAACAAA